UGAAAAAUUAAGGUAUGGUAAGGUCAAUAAUAAAAACAAUAGGGGGUCUGCGUGAAAAGUAUUGAAAAGUUUAAAAAAAUUCAGGGUCAUAUAUAUAAGCCUAGAUCUAUAUUAUAAUUAAUUAGUUAUUGACGUGAACUAGACUAUGUAAUGCAACAAAAUCCUAAUACAAAAUUCAAAAGAAAGUGAAAAGCAUCUACAUUGUACAAAAGACAGAAUACCUUUUCAUAAUGCCUUUUAUGAAAGGAGCAGCUCCUAUAAGGAGAACAUUGAAAUAUUUAGAGAAAGGAAGUUUGGUAUUCAAAGACAAUGUCAAAAUAGUCACAUUUAACUUUAAUAGAAAUCAGCCAUCUAGUGAAGGUGCCAAGCAGUUUGUAUUUUGGCAUUUUGCACAAAUGCAGUAUAAAAAUCCUGAUGUGCAAAUGUGUGUCUACAAUGAAUUGACGCCAUCACCAUUUUUACAAAUUUUCUUUAGUGGUGGAUCCAAGUUAGUUUUAGACAUUGACAGUCAAGAUAAAGAAGAAAUUUUUAACCAAGUUAAAAGGAUAUUUUGUAAAAACGAAGAAACUCUGCAAGCUGAAGCACUGGCCAAAGAGAAGAAAACCAACCCUGCCAACUUUGGUGCCAACUGUAGCCACCAGUGUAUCUGUGAGAUCCCUGGUCAAGUUCCCUGUCCUAAAUAUGUGCCGUUACCUAAAGAGUUGCGUGGCAAAUUUAAAUUCCAGCGCAAAGAUGUAGUUUAUGAAUGAAAGAAAGUUUGGAUUGCAUGAUUAACAUUUUGGCUUAUUUUUAUGUACUGUGUUAGGGUUGAAUGUGUUUUAGUUGAAUGACUCAUGUAGAAAUGUUACUUUAAUGUUAAUAAAAAUUUUAUAACCUA